AUGUUCGCUUCUUGUCACUGUGCGCCAAGAGGCAGGAGGGCUAUGAAAAUGAUUCACUUUCGGAGCUCCAGCAUCAAAUCGCUCAACCAGGAGAUGAAAUGCACCAUUCGGCUGCUGGACGACUCGGAGGUCUCCUGCCAUAUCCAGAGGGAGACGAAAGGGCAGUUUCUUAUUGAACACAUCUGCAACUACUACAGCUUGCUGGAGAAGGACUACUUUGGAAUCCGCUAUGUGGACCCAGAGAAGCAAAGGCACUGGCUAUAACCUAACAAGUCCAUCUUCAAGCAAAUGAAAUCUCAUCCACCAUACACCAUGUGCUUUAGAGUGAAAUUCUACCCACAUGAACCCUUGAAGAUUAAAGAAGAGCUCACAAGAUAUCUUUUAUAUUUGCAAAUUAAAAGAGACAUUUUUCAUGGUCGACUGUUGUGCUCCUUUUCUGAUGCUGCCUAUCUGGGUGCUUGUAUCGUUCAAGCUGAGUUUGGUGAUUAUUAUCCUGAUGAGCAUCCUGAGAAUUACAUCAGUGACUUUGAGAUUUUCCCCAAACAGUCACAGAAGUUGGAAAGAAAAAUCAUGGAAAUUCAUAACACUGAACUCAGAGGUCAGAGCCCAGCGAUUGCUGAAUUCAACUUACUCCUUAAAGCUCACACACUGGAAACUUAUGGGGUGGAUCCUCACCCAUGCAAGGAUUCACGAGGUGCUACAGCAUUUUUAGGAUUCACUGCUGCAGGGUUUGUGGUAUUCCAGGGAAAUAAGAGAAUCCAUUUGAGAAAGUGGCCAGAUGUCUGCAAAUUGAAGUUUGAAGGAAAGACAUUUUAUGUGAUUGGCACCCAGAAGGAGGUCAGAUACUGAUUUUAUAAUUACUUGAUAUGUGUACAUGUACAAAUCUCUACUGUGUGUCCUGAUUGAAUUUUUCAAUGUCACUACUACCUCUGCUAUGCUUUUCUUUAAAGGUAUGCCAAGUCAAGUCAGAUCAAGACUGUGUCAAGCAGCAAGAUAUUUUUUAAAGGAAGUAGAUUUCGAUAUAGUGGUAAAGUGGCCAAAGAAGUGGUAGAGGCAAGCUCCAAAAUCCAGAGGGAUCCUCCUGAGGUGCACAGAGCCAACAUUACUCAGAGUCGCAGCUCUCACUCCUUAAACAAACAGCUCAUCAUUAACAUGGAGCCCUUGCAGCCCCUGCUUCCUUCCCCCAUUGAACAGGAAGAGGAAGUUCCUGUGUCUGAGGGUGCCCCAUUGCCUAAAGCAGAUACUUCUGAGCCCCUGACGGUCAGCUCACCAGUGAGGAGAGGUCGAGGUGCAGAUGCUCUGAGCGAAGAGGAAGAGCAAGUAAAAGAAGAGCCCUUGACAAUCUCUGAACUAGCAUACAAUCCCAGCGCCAGCCUGCUCCCCACCCCCGUGGAUGAUGAUGAAAUCGACAUGCUCUUUGACUGUCCGUCUAGACUCGAAUUAGACAGAGAAGACACUGAUUCAUUUGAGGAGCUGGAAGCAGAUGAAAAUGCCUUUUUGAUGGCUGAAGAGGAGGAACUGAAGGAAGCCCGUCAAGCUUUGUCAUGGAGCUAUUCCAUCCUGACUGGCCGAAUCUGGGUCAACCCCUUGGUCAAGAGUUUCUCCAGGCUCCUUGUGGUGGGCCUGGGACUGCUGCUGUUUGUAUUUCCCCUGCUCCUCCUCCUUUUGGAGUCAGGUAUUGAUCUCUCCUUCUUAUGCGAAAUUCGUCAGACACCAGAGUUUGAGCAGUUUCACUAUGAAUAUUACUGUCCCCUGAAGGAAUGGGUGGCUGGGAAGGUCAAUAUCUUCCUCUACAUGCUGGGUUGCUCCUAG